UCAUCACAUGACAAAGCCGAUCAUGGCUUUAUUUCCGCGUUCACACAGCUCGCCAGUCUGAACCGUUCUCCCGGCUUCUCCCUUCCCUCUCCCUCUCUCUCUCUCCUUUCCGUUUCCCCCUCCGCAGUUGUAGGGUUGGGAUCUCUCUCUCUCGCUCUCUCUUACCUGAAUAGGAGAAAACGAAAAGAAGGCAGCAGCAGCAAUAAAGGAGAUACGAGCCUGCUCCUUAAAGCGAGGGGGGCUCUCAGCAAUAACAUGCUCACCCGAGUGAAAUCUGCCGUGGCCAAUUUCAUGGGAGGCAUCAUGCCGGGCAACGCCAGCGCUGAGCAUAUCAAUGGCACCGAGCUGCCCAUGAAAUUUCCUUACAGCAGGCCGGAGUUCCUGGGACUCUCGCCGGAUGAGAUCGAGUGCUCUGCAGACCACAUCGCAAGACCCAUCCUCACGGUAAAAGAAAACCAGAGGCUGCCCUGGUCAACGGGCUACGCAGAGGUGAUUAAUGCAGGGAAAAGCACGCACAAUGAAGACCAGGGAUCAUGUGAAGUGGUGACAGUGAAGAAGAAAGCAAGUGCUCAGAGCACACCAAGUAAGAACUCUUCAGUCAAAAGGAGGUCUUCAUUGCCAAAUGGUGAAGGGUUACAGAUUAAAGACAACUCAGAGUCGGAGGGGAUGUCAUUCAACUACUGGGCUCUAUUUGAUGGGCAUGCAGGAGCGGGCGCUGCCAUUGUGGCCUCCAAAGUCCUCCAUCACAAGAUCGCGGAGCAUCUUCAAGACGUGAUGGGCGUGCUGCGCAACUCAGCGGUUCUGCCCCCGACCUGCCUCAACGAUGAGCCGGAGGUGGUGACCAACACAAGGACGUUAACCAGAGCGGCCUCGCUGCGGGGGUCAAUGGGGACCCCGGGGUCACCGUGCAGCCCUCCCACCCGCUUCUUUAUCGAGAAGAAAAUUGCACAUGAGGGUUUGGUUAUUGGAGCAAUGGAAAAUGCUUUUAAAGAAAUGGACACUCAAAUUGAACAAGAGAGAAGGGUUUACAAUAUCUCAGGUGGAUGCACUUCCUUGGUUGUGAUAUUUCUGAUGGGCAAGCUUUACGUUGCAAAUGCAGGGGAUAGCAGGGCCAUUAUUAUUCGAAAUAGAGAAAUCGUUCCAAUGUCUUCAGAGUUCACGCCAGAAUCAGAAAGACAACGACUCCAGUACUUGGCCUUUUUGCAACCACUUUUACUGGGGAAUGAAUUUACCCAACUAGAGUUUUCCAGAAGAGUGCAGCGCAAAGAACUUGGGAAGAAAAUGCUUUUCAGGGAUUUCCACAUGACUGGCUGGGCCUAUAAAACCAUCGAAGAAGAUGAUCUAAAGUUUCCUUUGGUAUACGGGGAGGGAAAGAAGGCACGUGUGAUGGCAACCAUUGGUGUGACCCGAGGAUUUGGAGACCAUGAUUUGAAGGUUCACGAUUCAAAUAUUCACAUAAAGCCCUUUCUCUCAAGCAUACCUGAGGUAAGAGUCUACGAUUGUAUAGAGCAAGAACACGACGCGGACGACACACUGGUCCUAGCCACGGAUGGCCUCUGGGACGUUCUGUCAAAUAAAGAAGUGGCUGAUGCUAUCACCAGCUUUCUUGCUAACUGUGAUCCCGAUGACCCACACAGGUACACUCUGGCAGCCCAGGACUUGGUGAUGAGAGCCAGAGGAGUUUUGAAGGACCGAGGAUGGAGGAUAUCAAAUGAUAGGCUUGGCUCAGGGGACGACAUCUCUGUCUAUGUCAUUCCACUUUUGCAGGGGAAUAAGUGGACAUGAUAAUGAAUAUAGCAUGUUAGGGGUAGUUUUUGUUUUGCUGUGCCCCGUAAUAAUAUUGAUGGAGGAUUUCCUUUGAUUUUGUUACUUGUAGCAAAGAUUACCUAUGCAGUUUUACUACAAAUAGAAAACAAUAGGAAAUCUUUAAGGUAGCCAGAAAGUGAGGCAGGAGGACCAGAAUUGAUUCAAGCAAGUCUUAUGAAAAGUCAGGAGAUUAAUAAACUGCGCAUCAGCAGAUUCCAUUGCAGUUCAACUUUCGUAAUUCUUAAAUUCCAUUUGUUUUUUUUAGUUUUUUUCCUGCAAUCAAGUAAAAAUAUCCUGUAUAAAUCUAAAAGGAAGUAUAUUUAUCAAAAUCUCUGGAGUCUUUAUGUUAUGAAAAUUUUGAUGUAUAUUUUCCAAGUGCUGUAAUGUUAGUGGAAGAUAAUUUAUUUGUUUGCCCUGUGUUUAGCAUUCUUUAUAUGAUCUGUAUGGCAAUCCCUUAAGGGGAAAUGAUGUAAUAGUGGAGUAAAUAUUGUUUCAAUUUUUAUGGCUUUGUUUAAAGAUAAAAUCCAUUAGACAUCAUACUUCAUUGAAAAAUACUAUAAAGCACCAACUGUUGUAUAUAUAUCGGCAACUGCAGGACAAGAUAUGUAAAUCUGCUGGUUAUUUUUGUAAAAUGAUUUUCUUUUAAGUAUUGAGUAGAGAUGAGCCAAGAUUUCCAACAGGCUUUCAUAAAUUUGUCUAUUGUCAUUGUCAACAUAUAUUGCACUUAUCAUGAAAGAAAAUUUGAUUGCACAGUUCUGUUCUUGGGUUCCUCCACUGAUUAUAUUGCUUGGCAAGAGUCAAAAUGCUGCGAUAAUCACACACUACUCAUGCCAAUCUCUUACUGAAGCACCGUUCGUAGUUUUAAAGUAUUCUGCAAGUGACGUUCAUCUCAUGGAAGUAUUUCAGGUUUGAUCAAUGCUACAAUGAAAUAUUUAAUAGGUGCCAAGAGAAAAAUACUAAUUUUAAAAGAAAAUAAUUUCUGAGAUUGAAAUGUGAAUCAUUUUCAUUCCAAAGCAAUGUUAAUUUCAGCAAUAUAUUAUGUUUAUUUAUGUGUUUUAAAAGUACUGUAUAAGGCCAGAUUUGCGAUGUAAGCUACUUUAUGUACUGCAUUUGACACAAAGGUGAAUUGUAAAAUAAAGUUAUUGUUGCACUGUACAGUAAUUAAAUUUGCUUCAUGUUUAAAGA